AUGGCAGUGGCGUACUCCAGGUCAAACCUCGCCCACCAGCGCACCCGCGGCCACCACACAUGGCAGUGGCUGUGCGCCGAAUGCGGCAAAGCGUUCAGCCAGGGCCGCUAUCUAGACCGCCACCGAGCUGAUGCCUGCUGGAAGUACAACGCACCCGCGGCCACCACACAAUGGCAGUGGCGGUGCGCAGAAUGCGGCAAGGCGUUCAGCCAGGGCCGCUAUCUCGACCGCCACCGAGCUGAUGCCUGCUGGAAGUACAAGUCAAACCUCGCCCACCAGCGCACCCGCGGCCACCACACAUGGCAGUGGCGGUGCGCAGAAUGCGGCAAGGCGUUCAGCCAGGGCCGCUAUCUCGACCGCCACCGAGCUGAUGCCUGCUGGAAGUACAAGUCAAACCUCGCCCACCAGCGCACCCGCGGCCACCACACAUGGCAGUGGCGGUGCGCAGAAUGCGGCAAGGCGUUCAGCCAGGGCCGCUAUCUCGACCGCCACCGAGCUGAUGCCUGCUGGAAGUACAAGAUGCACCAAAAGAACUCAACCAAGAACGCUGAACCACCCGUUCCAAUGUAUGGAAGCGUAUUUCGACACGGGACUCUUGAACCCAAACCGGUACAGGCUAACCAAGACAUUCAGUCCAGCCAAGACAUUGAGUCACAGUUUAAUAUGGACAGUCAACAGUCCAUGGAAAUCGUUAAGUCUAAAGAUCUUGGACAAACUGAACUUUACAAGGCAUUAAGUAAUUUUGAAGUCAACGGUGUGUUGAAGGUGAAAAACUUUGGUCAAAAUAUUGAUUUUUUUAAAUGUAAAUCGAAGGUCAGUCUUUCAAAAGCCCAAGCUAAACUGAAUUUUGAGGAGUCUAGUCUGAAAUUGGAGUUGUGUAAGCCGAAGUUGGGUUUGAAGAGUCAGGGGCAGAAAUUAGCAUGUUCUAGCAUAGGGAUUAAAGAAGAAUGUGAUGAGCCUAUAGAUUUAUGUAUAAGGCGUAAUGUAAAUUAA